GAAGGGAAGCAAAAUGGCUUUGGCGCCUUGUAAUCAGGAAACCAAUCUAGACUAUCUCCCUUAAUGGUCGGACGUUUAUUUGUUGUGUAAGUAAACUCAAGGGUCGCAUUACAGAAGAGGGAAAGUCAUAACAGCACUAAAAGGAAACAAACUAAAAGGCCCCGCCAAACAGAUGUCAAAACGGACGAGUCCAAGUCGACUUCAGAAGGAAUUAUGCUGACCCAUUAGUGAUUCUCUCGAGAGCUAAUCGUUGGGUCGUUUAAUCAUAUGUAGAUCAUCGUGAGUCUUACUCGGACAAAACCUUCUUGUUUUCUUCGCAAAAAUGAAUAAUGCGACCAACGGGACGGAAGCACCCCAAGCUCAGAUGGACUAUGUUGUGGAACCACUGGGCCUUCGAAUUUUUCGCCUCACGGUGUAUGUCAUUAUAUUCUUGUUGGCAACGUUUGGAAACGCUCUCGUAAUUUUCGUGGUUUAUAAAACACGAGAACUGCAUACAGUAACGGGUUUUCUUAUUGCUAAUCUUGCCGUGGCGGACCUUGGAGUAGGGAUGCUUUGUAUUCCAUUCACUGUCGUAUAUUUUGAACUGGAUUUUCACUGGCCAUUUGGUGCCUUCAUGUGUAAACUCCUUCCUGCUCUGAUGGCUUGCUUCGUUAUGGGAUCGGUGGGAACAAUGUUGGCAAUUUCAUUGGAUCGCCAUCAAUCCAUAGUGCAUCCAUUUGGUAUGCGUAUCACACGGUAUCAAGGCAAGCUGAUCAUGUUGUUAAUAUGGCUGAUAGCUCUUCUCCCAGCGCUGCCAAUGCUGGGAGUUAUGACUACUGAACCAUAUCCAGCAGGCGUCGCCUGUAAAGAGGACUGGCCUAUAACCACUGGAAUGCCCUACUCUACAAUAUACCUAUUAUGCACUUUUGCAUUGACUUACGCUAUUCCUCUUCCAAUUAUGAUACUUAUCUACAUCAAAAUCGGUGUAAAACUUCGUAAAGCUAUCAAAGAGGGGGCUGACAGACCUGGGUUCACCCAGGCUCAAGCUACGAAACGGAUCAUCAAAAUGUUGGCAGCGGUGGUUGUUUGUUACGCGUUGUGUUUCCUUCCUUUCCACACCUUGUAUUUCAUGAUAGACUUCGGGGAAUAUCAAUCCAGGUUCUUUCCAAUCCUACAAAGUUUCUCAAGCGUCUUCAUGUACUCAAACAGUGCUUCCAAUCCUGUGCUUUAUGCUUUCUUUGGUGAUCAGUUCAAAAUGGGAGUCAAACAAGUAUUUAAUUCUACUAGACUGCAGAGGUUUCGAUCCAGAAAAUCAACCUCUUAUGGUUGGGGGUCACCUUCCACAACUAACAUUACCAUACUACGAUCUCACUUUACAUACAUGUACAUCAUGCAGUCCUAUUUCCAAGUCCUGAUGUACGGCAACAGCGCAACGAACCCAGUUUUGUAUGCUUUCCUUGGAGACCAAUUCAAGAAAGGAUUUAAAAGAGCCAUUCGCGGCGGGAGCCAAAGAGGUUUCUACACACCGCGAAAACUUUGUGUGAUGUGGCCCACAAAUGAGACGAACAUGCUUGUCAAUACCACUUCCACACCGAUACUAACGGUUGCCGAACCGUUGGGAUCCAAAAUCUUUCGAUUAAUUGUGUACACAAUAAUAUUUCUUCUCACCGUCACUGGAAAUGUGUCUGUACUUGCUGUCGUUUACAAGAUAAGGGAGCUUCAUUCUGUUACAGGUUACCUCAUUGCAAACCUUGCUGUGGCUGAUUUGAGUGUCGGCAUCUUAUGCAUCCCCUUCACAGUUCUUUAUUUUGAACUUAGAUACUGGCCAUUUGGGUACGCUCUUUGUAAAAUCAUUCCCACGGCACAAGCAAUGUCUGUUAUGGCUUCCAUUGGAACACUAGCGGCUAUAAGUCUAGAUCGUUACCGAGCGAUUGCUUAUCCAUAUGAGCCCCGCAUUACAUUAUAUCAGGCGCGUUUCAUCAUCGUUGUCGUUUGGCUGACCGCAACUCUAGUUGGCCUACCGUUUGUCGCAGUGAUGCAGUUAAGGGAAGAUCAGGAUGGUCUCUAUUGUUCGGAGGAUGGCUGGCCCAAUGAGACAUUCAAAGACGUUUACAAUGUUCUGUCAUUUUGUCUAACAUAUGCCAUACCACUACCAACCAUAGCGGUGUUCUAUACUAUAAUUGUAAUGAAGCUUAAUAAGGCCGCAAGGGAAACGUCGGACAGUGAAGGAUUUAGAACAGCGAAAGCCAAGGGAAAGGUGGUGAAAAUGUUGAUAGUCGUGGUGAUUCUCUACUUUCUUUGCUUUCUGCCUUACCACAUCACAUAUUUGUGGUUUGAGUUUGGAGAAGGACAACAGUACAAGGGAUUCUGGAUUCUGUUCUCCUAUUGCCACGUACUGGUGUACGCAAACAGUGCGGUAAACCCUGUGUUGUAUGGUUUUUUAAGUGAACAGUUUCGAAGAGGAUUCGCCCGUUUGGUGCCUUGCUGUCGAAUCUGGAGUAAAGAUUACAAGGUUUCAAGGUAUCCAUACGCCAGCAGUGUUUCACGCGUCAUCGAGAGACCGACGACAAUUUACCAAUCAGUGUCUGUUUGGAUAUAAAGAGCUACGCAAUGAGCAACAGAGAAGAUGGUUCUCAUUCAAAACGUUCAUUUCCACUCGUGCCAAGCCUGGAA